CAGAGCUGGAAGCUGCUGUGUACACUACACACUUCAGAUCCGGGAGCUCCGUCACACGCACACACACAAGCACAAUCACACACAGACAACAGAGUUUGUUACGCUUUUCCACGCGAGGAAGUCCCGGUGGCUUUACCGGAGCACGAGAUAAAGCACCGACUACCCGUCUGAAGAUGGCAUCAGUGGCCAACUCACACCUCCAGCCGUCCCAGAAAGACGCAGCUGACCAAAACUUCGACUACAUGUUCAAGCUCCUCAUCAUCGGCAACAGCAGCGUGGGUAAAACCAGCUUCUUGUUUCGGUACGCGGACGAUUCCUUCACUUCAGCCUUCGUCAGCACGGUGGGGAUCGACUUUAAGGUGAAAACCGUUUUUCGCAACAACAAGAGGAUCAAACUACAAAUCUGGGACACAGCCGGACAGGAGCGCUACAGAACCAUCACUACAGCGUAUUACAGAGGAGCCAUGGGCUUCCUGCUAAUGUACGACAUCACAAACCUGGACUCCUUCAACGCCGUUCAGGACUGGGCCACACAGAUUAAGACAUACUCGUGGGAUAACGCACAGGUGAUACUGGUGGGCAACAAGUGUGACCUGGAAGAUGACAGACUCAUUCCAACAGAGGACAGUCAGAGACUGGCUCAUGAACUCGGUUUCCAAUUUUUCGAGGCCAGCGCCAAAGACAACAUCAACGUGAAGCACGUUUUCGAGUGUCUGGUGGACGUGAUAUGUGACAAGAUGACUGAAAGUCUGGACGGAGACGGACCGGUGUCCAACCAUAAAGACUCCAGUCAGCAGGACACGUCGUCCGAGGGACACGCCGGCUGCGCCUGCUAAAACAAACUCUCUCCGUCACGUCGAGAACUUCACUCCACUAUUCACCACUGCUUGGGAUGAUCUUUGCUUUCCUUAUUUUUAACCCAAACAGCAUCUGCUAAACACGCUCAGUGUUGUUUGUUGACGUGGAAGUCGAGAUAGGAUGGUGUGGAUUGGUAUCUGAGUGAUGUACGUGUUCACGCAUGCACACGCAGAGACAACUGGAGAUACUGCAAGCCGUCAGAGGUUCAUCCACACCCAUUCCUCACGCUCUUCACCCUGUUCGCCAUCUUUUCUCUGUCUCUCCCUCAAAAAGCCCACGUUUCCAUGGCUCUUUGUGGUUUUAGCACGUUUGCUUUCUCGUCAGAUACAGAACCUGGCCUGUGACGUCCACAACUCUUGUAUUGUCUAUCUAGGUGUCCAUCUGCUUUAAACAGCUCAUUCGGCACCAUUAUCGAGAUAAAUGCACUCAUGUCUUUCUGAUAUGUGCAAUCGUGAGCUGAUUUUUGAAACUUACGGUAGCUUUUUUUUUGCCACGGAAUAAAACACUUUUUUUUGUAAAGGUAAUUGCGACUUUUUGUCUAUAUAAAUUCUGACCUUUUUCCUUUUAUUGUGAGAGACUCGAAAAUGCGAGUUAUGAACUUGCAAUAAGUGACUAUUUCUCAAAAAGUCUGAAAAGCAAUUUUAUAUCUCGCAAAUCUGACUUUCUAUAACUUAAUCCAUCAGUUCUGAGAAAUAUAAACUAGCAAUUGCGAGAAAUAAAGUCACAAUUAGCAUAUUUCUUUUUUUAUUUCGUGGCAAAAACAAGCCUUUCACACCCAGAAAUAUUAAUGUUUUACUGUUUUACAAGUUAUUUUUUUGUAAUGAGCAUUUUCUUAAAUUAUAAGAUAGCAAAUAAACUAUCUAUAACCCAAAA